AUCUACAUGUAUUUUCAAAAUAUUAUUGUUAACAUUCAUUGUUCUUCAACCGUGUUAUCUUGUUUUUUGUUUAUUUGUUUUAUUCAAGUGAAAUGAAAACAUCACAAUCAAAAAUUGUUAAAUUCAAGCGACGCAAAUUAUAUCGCUGUAAUAAGCCGGUGGCUUGCAAAAGAAAGCGAAGUGGCAACCCUAAACAAAAAUCGAAUAGAGAAGCCAACUGCAGUAAAUGUGACUGCUUCACACAUCCUUACCCUGUGACAAUCCGCAAAAUUGAAAUCAUCAAGAAAUGGCUCCCAGAUCCAGAGUUUAUUCAGUGGGCGAGGCCAUUUUUUAGCGAAAUUAUAACCAAAAUUCAAUUUAAAUUUGGACUCCCGAAAAGUCCGUGCUUCUACGACUCAUGGCAUUACCUGGAAGGAGUCUGUGACAUGGAAUCAAAUUGAGCUUCCAAUUGUCUAGCUCACAAAGUCCAGAUUGAUCAACCUUUUGUUGAGAAAUUUGCAUGUUCUUCAACAGAUCCAUGGACCAGUCUCCAAUGGGUUUGUGACCUUCAAGAAAACAGUGAAAAGAGUCAGAUGAUGAAAGCUAAAUUUAGGUGUUUCAAGGCAUUUCACAAUUCUUUGGUCAGCUUAAAUGUUCAAAAAGCCAGUAAUUAACUCAACAGUCCAUCGAGUAGCAAUCAUAGAUCUGAUGCAUCAAAUAAAUGAUGAGAUCAUUAAUGAUUGAUAUUUGAUUAAGAUCGGGUUCUUAUAAUGUAAAUAAGCAGCAAACGCGUCAUAAACAAUUAAACGAUAAAACAUCUUGUGAA